CCUUGUCCAGCGAGGGGGUACGUUUCGCGCUUGAAUUUCACCCCAAAAGUCGCUGAUUGAAUUAAAGUGCAUUUACCGAUUCUCACAAGCUCCGAUAAACUAUCAAAGCCGUCAUCAUUGUACAGUGAUUCUAACUGGGGUAACAGGGGGUACAGGAGCUUCGAACCACCCCUCAGUGUAGGUCAGAAAUGAGGGACAUGGCGGGUAAAAUAUCCGAGUUGAAGUUCGAGGCUCCCCUGGCACGCUUUGAGGAAGAGGACACGGCCAGUCUCAAGAACAUGAAUUUGCUGACAGAACAAUUAUUGGACGCAAGUAUCGACGUCGAUUUCGGCGAGAACUGCAAUGCAAAUGACGUGACUACAGGCCACGAAAGUGGCACUGACAUCCUCCAAGAGGGCACCUUCAGUCCCUUCAGUGGAAGUCUCGAGGAUCUCGUCAACACCUUCGACGAGAAGAUAACAUCCUGCUUCAGAGAUUAUGCCACAGAUGUUGAGACCCUAGCGCCAGUUCAAGUGAGAACUCAAGAGGAGAUAAUGAACGAGUGCCAAAUGUGGUGGACGAUCACUGGUACCUUUGGCAGUAUUCUCCCGAUCGAUUGGAGUAAAUCUUACGCCAGGAAAAUGCACAUGUCGACGUUGAAUCUCAACGAGGCGCCGGUUGCGUCACUGGAGAGACCUGAACUUGACGACCUGAGUAGUGAGGAUGAGGCCGUUGCAACGGAUCUCGACAUGCAUGCAUUGAUCCUGUCGAGUAGUACUGAUGCUGAGCACAGUCCUGAGGAGCCUAUGAAGACUGCCGAGGAGGUGUUGCGUGAAAUCGAUGACAUCAUGCAGGAGGAGAGUCCCUCAGAGGAGAGAUCACCGGACACUGACGGUUCCAUGCUGGACACCGACGAGGCCCUCGAGCGCAGCCGAGAAGUCCUCGGUUCUCCCCUCUACGAAAAAAAGUUGAAACAAUUGUCGUCUAGUGAAUUAAUCGGUCUCCUCGGGGAGAUGGAGGCCCUCGUCUCAGCUCUGAGUGAAACACUAAUUGCGGAAUUGGCGCUGCGGGAUGAGCUUGAAUUUGAGAAGGAACUGAAGAAUCAAUUUAUAUCGCUUUUACUCGCUGUGCAAAAUCGUCGGAGGCAGCAUCAUGUCACGAAGAAGAGAGGAAGUGGCACUAGCCCAUUACCACAGCACAGGUCGAUGUCUGAAUCGAAGUACCUCACAACGGUUAUCCCAUAUCACACAGACAACGGUCCCCCCAACAACCAGGCACUUCAGGUUCUCAUAAAGAUUCUGAAGGCGAUUAAUGAAGACAGCCCCACAGUUCCAACACUCUUAACUGAUUAUAUUCUCAAAGUUCUAUGUCCCACCUAGUAAAACUGCCACACCCCCGGACGCCAUAACGACGAAUACCGAGCUGAAAAAAAGAAACUACUAAAAUGAAUUUGUCCCGCAAUUUCUUGCCCAGUGCGUACCGCUUCAACCGUCGUACCGCAUAUAUGCCGAAUUAAGAUUGCUUUUAUUGAGCUAAACUAUGAAUUAAAAUGAUUUUAAUCACUAAGUGACUUCACCCGAUGGAUCUUCGUGCAAUGGAUAAAUCGUGUGGACGACAUUUCAAAGCUCAAAUAUUAUUAUUUUAUUGUUUUUAUAAGUUGCCAGAUGCUCUCUAUCUAGUCUUUUUACUGUUUAUUGCCUAUUAUGGAAACAACUGUACUGUAUAUUCCGUAAUAUCUAGAUUAUAAUUUUUAUAUUUGAAGACGAAAAAAAAUAUUAACCUAUCAAUACUCAUUUAAUCGAACGCAAACGAUAGGAAUAUCAAUGGAUGGGAGAUAUCGAUAUGUUGCACGAGCUACGAGUGGCAGAACUACCCCAGUUCCCCAUUAUCGCAUUUAUCACGAAUCAUCUCGUUGCAUUGUUCCAAGUCUCGUCAUUUACUUUUGUAUAUAAUGCAUAUAAUACCGAGUGUUAUGGUUUUUUCUUUUUGAAAUAAAAAACAGUGUCUGAUGCUUCGUGAUACUUCAGUAAUUUAACGAAAAAUGAUAUUGAUUGACGAUGAAGUUAAUAUCGUAAUGAGAUGUUCUAUCCCUUGCUGACUGAUAAUUGUUCAGUCAUUGGAAAUUUAUAGUUUUAGUAUUUGGUGUAUUUCAGAAAUGAAAAUUGUUAUAUUGCUAGUGUAAUCGACAUUUGUGUCAACACGCCAUGCCAUCAUUCGAAUAAAAUCAUCAGUAAUAUUAAAAUUA